AUGCACCUCUCCCACCUUCCCCAAACCCUCCUCAUCCUCCUCCUCGCCCUCGCACCCACCGCCCUCACCCUCCCAGACCCUCUCCGCCCACAACGCCAAAUCGUCCUCGACCCCCGCUCCCCCGAAGCCCGCCAACAGCGCCUCGAGGCAUGGAAGGCGCAAAAACCGAUGCACACCACCGCACUGCUCGCCGGCGCCGCCGCCACCGCCGUCCGAAACGGGAGGAGGAGGGAUCUGAGCGGUAUCACGGGGGAGAAGGGGAUGUGGAUACCGGUUGGGAUUUGGGACGGUGGGGAUGAGGUGGAUGGGGGACGGGGGCGCGAGAUUGGCGACGUGAGGGGGGGGGAGGGGUUGGUGUUGGGGCUGGAGGAUGGGGUUGAGGGUGUGGAGGGUGAUGGGGGGGUGUUUGGGGUUGAGGGUGUGGAGGGUGAUGGGGGGGUGUUUGGGGUGAGGGAUGUGGUUGAGAGGGUUUGGAAGAGGUUGGAGAAGAUUGGCUUGGUUGUGCAGAGGGGAAGGCAUCGAGUGGACAAAGUCAAAGAGCUGGAUGGUGGGCACGAUGGAGAUUUAUAA